AUGUACCGAGAUGCUGGAUCGGAGCUCCUGCAGGAAAAUUUGCUUGGAGCGGCUUCCGAUGCAGCUACGUCGCUUCGUGUCAAGGGCUACUGUGUGCUGCAAAAGUGGGUGUCGGCCUGCCUCGUGGAGCAAGCGCAGGCAGUGGCCUCAAGAGAGGAUUUUUGGUUUCCCACCCAAAUUGUGGCCCAUGGAUUGCUGGGGACAGAUUUCGGCCUCGUUGAGCUUCCGGUUUUACAGGAGUCUUCGACACAGGUUGCCACACUGUCGCAGCUUUCCAAGCAGCUGUACGACCUCAACGAUACCAUCACCCAGCAUAUGGUCACUGCCUGUGGAUUUUGCCAGCAAAUUUCGGCAAUUCUCUUCAGGCAGGGUGCGCCCGGCAUGUCAGGAGAGGUUUCGGACCUUUCGGAAGUGGAUGCAUCACGGUGGCUUGACAUUUUCCGGCGCCAUCGGUUGCUGAGCAUGGUCUAUCUGGGUCCAGAGCCCGGAAUCCUGGACCUCUGGAUGUUCGAGGAAAGCGAGCCGUCAGUGGAGGAGGCGGUUGACUUGCAACUCGCAGCUCCACGACCGCAGAGGAUUGGCAUAGAACUGUCACCGGGUGAUGCCGUGGUCCUCCGUCCCGAACUCCUAGCACGGAAGUUGCGCGCCCCGGUGGGCUCGCUGGCAAUGAUAUCCUUAGUACUGGGAAGGAAGACCAGUGCACGGAGAGUAUGGCCUGGACAGGGACGCGCUCCCGCAGCCAAAGCCCUGGAUGAAUGGAUACGUCACCGGUUAUUGCAGCUGAGCCAGGAGGAUCGCAUCGACCACGAGGUUCCUUUUGCUUGGCGGAAGGACCUGCAACGCAGCUUUGACGACGGAACAAUGGUUGCUGUUCGCUCUGCAGCUGGUCGCUUCCCCCGGGCAGAUACAGUGGAUGAUUGGUGUCGUACCUCAAUCACUGCUGCGGCCGACUACGCCACAGAGGUUCCGUUUCGGCGAUGGGACCAUUCAGAGGUUUACGAUCCAGACGAUAGCAGCCUCAAGCAAGUGAAGUCUGCUUGCCGGCACGCUGCCUUCCUCGACGGCCUGGAGCUCUUCCCCAGCCAUGCCUUCAAAAUGCCAGAGCAGGAUGUGCGGCGUUGCGAUCCGUACCAGCGAUUGUGCGCGGAGGCAGCGUCGUCCGCCCUGCACAGUGGAAGUCUGAAGCGGCACGGCCAGCGCAGUGGCGGCCUCUUUGUUGGCUGUCCUUCCCCUGCGGACUGGGAGCAUGACAGCGACGGCAGCGACGGUCAGGCCCUUGUAGCCGGCCGACUCUCAGUGACGCUUGGGCUCAGGGGGCCUUCGGAGUCCCUUGUGCACUUGGAGGGUGCCGCUGGCUUGGCCGCGGCCUCGCUGGCGGCCACGGCUUUGGAGGCCAAGCUCGACUUUGCACUGGCACUUGGGGUGCACUUGAGCCUCUCCCCGCGCUUCUGGCUUUGUUGCUGCAGGGCCAAGGCUGCCUCGCUCUCCCGGCGUGGGCGGAGCUUGGCUUUCGACACCUCCUGUGACGGAUUCGUUCGUGGUGAGGCGUGUUGUGCAUUGAUGCUGUGCCGGUUUCAUCUUCCUGAGCCGUCCCAGAUGGAAAGCCCGCCAGCCGGCUGCAUUACGGGCAGUGCCAUGGCUGCGAGUGGGUGCAGCGCAUCUCUUGCACCGCAAGGUGCAGCCGAGAUUCGCCGCACGGUUGCAGAGGCCUUGUCAGAUCUGGAGCACGGCUUUGUGGACAUAGCGGAGGUUGAUGGUCUGGGGCCAUCAGCCGAGACGAUGGAGUUGGCCGCGCUGCAGGCAUCUCAUCGAGGCCACUGCGCAGACGCCAGUCCACUGCAACUUUCUUCGCUGAAGGCCAGCUGCGGUCAUCAGGUGCAGUGUGCAGGACUGGCGUGUGUCAUGCAGAUCUUGGCUGCCAUCCGCCUUGGCACCGCGACAGCGCAGCCGCACCUGCGGCAGCUAAGUCCCAGCGCCACGAUGGCCGGGCCCAGUCUCAGCGUGGAGUGUGGGCAGCUCACUGAACCCAACCUCUAUGCUGGUAUUCUCGGGCGUGGAGGUGGGACCACUGUAUACACAGUGUUGUGGGGAUUUGGUGGUCCUAUGGCAAAGGAUGGCCCCGCGCAUCUGAAGCCAGACCUCGUAUCCUGGCCGGGGCCGGCGACCGAGGUUGAGGGGCAAGUGUCUUCAGCGUAUCCACGGCUGGGAGAGCAGGCCGAGCAGGCACGCGGGAGCCCUGCAGGACCCGAGUAUUGCCUGAUCGGCAGCUGGGACAACUGGACGAGGUGCCGAGCCAUGGCUCGUGAGGAUGCCGACUGCUGGCGCGGGCAGCUGCACCUCGGAGGGGAGGAGUCCUUCCAGAUCCUCAAGGAUGGGGACCCAGAACAAGCGAUCUUCCCGAACUGCCGCAAUGCGCGGUUCGGGCGCUUCCAUGUGGUCCAGGGACCGGCGCCCAACCCUCACCGCCUUGCUUGGCUGGUCGGCGAGGACGGCGGCUCCGGAAGCGACUUCGAGGUUUCUCUGAGCUUCAAGGGUCGCCGGCCGCGGGUGACGUUGCGGAGCCUUUCGUGA